GUCUGCAUGUUGUUCUGCAGGAGGAGGAUCUGAACUGCGUGCGUGAGCGCUGGUCUGACGCUCUCAUCAAGCGCAGGGAGUAUCUGGAGGAGCAGAUCAAGAGGAUCAUCAACAAGCCAGAGAAGUGCGAGGAGGACGUGGAGCGGGAGGCCAGGCUGGUGGAGCAGUGGGUGGGUCUGACGGAGGAGAGGAACGCCGUGCUGGUUCCGGCUCCUGGCAGCGGGAUCCCAGGGGCCCCAGCGCACUGGGUUCCCCCUGCUGGCAUGGAGGCUCAUAUUCCUGUGCUGUUUCUGGAUCUGAAUGCUGAUAACCUGACGGUGAACGAUCAGCUGACCGGUCCUCACGCCGCCGGUGUUAACUCAAUCCUCCCCAAAGAGCACGGCAGCCCGUUCUUCUACCUGCCCAUCAACAGACACAGCCAUGACGAGGUGUCGGCUGUGUGUUCCUGGGAUUCCUCCAUCCACGACUCCAUCCAUCUGAACCGGAUCACGGCACCCAGCGAGCGGAUCUACCUGAUCGUGAAAGCCACGGUUCAGCUCAGUCACCCGGCGUCUGUGGAGCUGGUGCUGCGCAAGAGGAUCGCCGUCAACAUCUACAACAAACAGAGUUUCACUCAGAGCCUGAAGAGACGGAUGUCUUUGAAGAACGUUCUGUACUCCUGUGGAGUGACGUAUGAGAUUGUGUCCAACAUACCAAAGGCGUCUGAGGAGCCGGAGGAGCGCGAGACUCUGGCCUUGAUGGCGGCGCGAGGAGAGAGUGAGGAGACACUCGGUGGAGAGACAUACAUAGAGAAAUACACCAGAGGAGUCCUGGAGGUGGACAAUAUUCUGUGUCUGGAGAGACUGCGGCAGGCCGUGACGGUGAAGGAAGCUCUCUCCGCUAAAGGCAGACACAUACGGCGCAGUCUCAGCACGCCCAACGUCCAGCACAGCUCUUGUUGUAAAUCGGACGGGACCGGAUGUGAGGAUGAGGAUGUGAAGACUCACUGCGAUGGUCACACAGACGUCACCGAAUCCAACUUACAUGAAGCUUCACUCAACAGUCCUCUGUCAAAAGACAUGCCUGUCAAAAACAAAGAGAAUCACGGAUCGGUGCCAGAGAGUCCAACGUUCUUCAACUCCAGUCCGUUUAAGGUUCUGUCUCCUCAACCGCCCAAGUUCCUCAAAUCACUCUUGCCAGUGAAGGAGGAGAACAAAGUCAAGCGUUCUCUGGAGUCACGGCCUCUGCUGGGACAGGAGAGCAUGCGUUGGUUUGCGGCUCCUGGCGGCCCCUGGUCCAGACCCAGGGCUCAGAGUGAGGGCCGCGGUGAUAUCAUCAGCAGCUCGGCCAAUCACAGGCAGCCCAGACUGAGCACUGAUCUCACGCACACACGGCCGCACGCUGCUGAUUCAGAGGAGGAGGAUCCUUACAUGGAUUCAGCCUUCACCCGUUCCAACGACCCAGGCCUCGGGUCUCUGGAGCUCCAAAACUUCAAGCCUUACAUCCUCGAGGAUUUUGCCAACUUUGAGGUGUACAACGCCAGCCUUGAGACCCAAGAGGGGGCUAUGUGUGUGCAGGGAGAGAUGGCACCCGGGAUCGGGGUGUUAACAGGGACACGGGCUGCGGAAAAAGAAGUGUCCCGUAGUCCCACAGCCAGCACAUGCACAAGUGGCUACUUCUCUCAUAGUGCCUCGAACGCCACGCUGUCCGACGUUCUCUUCAGCGGCAGCGAUAGUUGCGACCAGCUCAACAUUAAAGAACCUCCAGACCCUCAGGAAGCAUCGCACGGAAGAGCGUUGCAUCCUUCCAGAAGUGCCUCGGGAUCCUGUCCAGCCCAGACCAUUCCUUCUCAGCUUUGUUCCCAUCACUGCACCGACCUGGACUGUUCCCCUUGGCUUCCCCGCAAGUGUAUCCUGAGCGUCAAUCAAGAAUUCACAGACUUUAAGGGUGCAUAUGAUAGUGUAGGGGAAGAAGACCAUGGUAAGAUUGGAUGGAAGGCAGAAUUGAUUCCCAAUUACUUAAAGGGUGUAGAUGAUGGCGUAGGAGAAGAAGACCUCGGUAACAUCAAAUGGAAGGUGGAAUCGAUGUCUCCAGACCUUAAGGGUGUAGAUCAUGGCGUAAAAGACGACCUUGGUAACAUUACGGUAAAAUGA